UAUAUAUAGAAACAACUCCAUGCUAUUCCUAAAGUCGUAAUUAAAUUACUUUUCAAGAGCUUUACUGAAAUAGAAAGAAACUUUAGAGACCCCAAAAGUGAGUAUAAAGAUGGAGAAUCAUGAAGAUGUAGAUAUAGUUAUUGUAGGUGCUGGAUUAGCUGGUCUCACUACUGCCUUAGCCCUUCACAGGUUGGGAUUGAGGAGUUUGGUGUUGGAGUCAUCAGAGAGUUUAAGAACCACCGGAUUUGCUCUUACGAUAUGGACCAAUGCUUGGAGGGCAUUAGAUGCUGUAGGAAUAGGGGACUCCCUACGACUAAAGUCCACCCAAAUGAAAGGAUUCAAAAUUGCAUCUCCUGACACCGGUCUUUUUACUUCAGAACAAGCACUUGAUAAAGAUGGAAAAUUCAAGGGAUAUGAAAGCCGGUGUGUCAGGAGAAAGGAUUUAUUAGAAGCACUAGUAGAUGAGCUGCCACCAAGCACCGUUAGGUACUCCUCGAAGGUUGCAAAUAUUGAGGAACUCGACCGAUUCAAACUGGUUCACCUAGCUGAUGGGUCCAUUCUUAAAGCUAAGGUGUUGAUAGGGUGUGACGGAGUUAAAUCGGUGGUGGCAAAAUGGUUGGGUCUUGGGGCUCCCGUACGUGUUGGAAGAUCUGCUAUUCGUGGUUUGGUGGAGUUUCCUAAUGGUUCAGGUUUAGAUCCCAUGUUCCAUGUCAAUUUUGGAGGCGGUGUACGGUUUGGUUUUGUUCCUGUUGAUGAGAAGAGUGUGUAUUGGUUUUUUACGUUCACCCCGUCUCAAGUUCCAUCGUACGAAGAAGAUUGGAAAGAAAACCCGAUGAAAAUGAAACAAUUUAUAUUGAGCCGUAUCAACAAGAUGCCUCAACAUGCACAGGACGUGGUAGAGAAGACGUCGCUAAGUAGUAUUUCUAUAGCACCAUUGAAGUUUAGAUUGCCAUGGAACAUUUUAUUUGGUAACAUAGUGAAAGACAACGUUACUGUAGCCGGGGAUGCCCUGCAUCCCAUGACUCCGGACAUUGGCCAAGGUGGAUGUUCAUCUCUAGAAGACUCGGUUGUGCUUGGUAGGUGUCUUGGUGAGGCUUUUUUAAACAAAUCGAACGAAGAAGACGAUGAAUUUGAGAGAAUUAAAAAGGGUUUGGAGAAAUAUGGAAAGGAAAGGAGAUGGAGAAGUUUUAGUCUCAUUAGUGUUGCAUAUUGUGUGGGAUUUAUUCAAGAGAGCAAGGGCAUAUUGAUGACUUACUUUAGGAAAGCAUGGUUUUCAAGCUACACACCUAGUGCUUUCCUUAAGAUGGCAAACUAUGAUUGUGGUAAUCUUGUUUCUUAAUCCGAAAAGGGGAUAUGAUCCGUGAUGCCAACAGUAUUGCCAUCCAAAGAUGGUUUUGUUAUAACAAAAUCCUGCUACAAUAGAUACGGCCAUCGGUCUGAAUGACAUUCUGUUCGAGCCUUUUUCUAUUAAUUUUCUUCUACGAGAUAAAAAGAAUUAGUAUUUGAUUUGAAUUCAUCUUGGACCAUACAAAUGAUAAUGAUAUUUUUUACGAUAA